GACUCCGUGACGUCACGGGAGGCGCGGGGCGGGGCGCCGGGAAAGCGAAGUAGGCAGGGGCGAGGCGGCUGGGGACGGCGGGGCGGACGCGGGCGAGCAUGUCGGCUCUGACUCGAGUGGCGUCUUUGGCUCGCGUUGGAGGCCGCCUUUUCAGAAGCGGCCGCGCACAGACUGCUGGAAAUGGUGGAGUCCGUCAGUGAGUGUCGGGCUGGGGAUGGGGGCCUCGCCGGCCUGUAGCGGACAGCGCGGGUCCCCGGGACGCUCUCACCUUGACUGGGGCGCCUGAAGAGGCCGCUUCCCGAGGCAGGCUGGGAUCUGUAGUCCACCCGUCCCCUGACGCCGCGACUCGGGGAGAGGGACCCCGCUGGGCGGAGGGAGAGAGGGAGAGACUUCGUUGGGCAGAUGGGACACCAUGUGCGGGGCCAUCAUGGUCGUAGAGGCCGCCUGCCCUCGGGAGACGCACGCGUGAAUGCCGAGCCGGCUGAGCGAGAAGACGCCGGCGCGGGCGGUCCAGGCGGAGGAAGCAGCCUGCCCGUCGGAUGUGGACGCUACUGGAGCGAGGCGGGGGGCGGCGGCGGUGUGCCGGUGGUGGUGUGCACAUUGAGCCCCGGUAUAGACAGUUCCCCCAGCUGACCAGAUCCCAGGUGUUCCAGAGCGAGUUCUUCAGUGGAUUCAUGUGGUUCUGGAUUCUCUGGCGCUUUUGGCAUGACUCCGAAGAGGUGCUGGGUCACUUUCCUUAUCCUGAUCCUUCCCAGUGGACAGAUGAAGAAUUAGGUAUCCCUCCUGAUGAUGAAGACUGAAGGUGUAGACUCAGCCUCACUCUGUACAAGAGCCAGGUGAGAAUUUCAAGGAUUACCGACUUCAUAUUGCACAUUAAAGUUACAAAUUAAAGUGGCUUGGUCAAGAAUGAGAA